AUGCCUUCCCGUCCGUUUGACGCCUACGACGGGCUCGCCGCCGCCCAAGUCCCCCUCUACACGGUGUUCCUCGCCGGCGCCGUGCUCCUCUGCCUCCGGCACGACUUCCGCAAGUCCUCCGGCUGGCGGUACCUUCUCGUCUUGUCCCUCGUGCGCGUCGUCGGCGCCUCCCUGCGCCUCGCCACCCUCGCCGCCCCGACUGACCGCGGGCUGUACACCGGCUGGGCGGUCCUCAGCAGCCUCGGCAUGGGCCCCCUCGUCCUGACGCUCCUCGCCCUCCUCUCCCGCGCCUUCCAAUCGAUGCGCGACAACUGGCCACCGUCCUCGUUGCUGCUUCACCGCGCAACGCUAGCGCUCAUGCUCGUCGCCAUCGUGCUGCUCGUCAUCGGCGGCGUCAGUAGCAGCGGUGGUAAGGAUGGUGGCGGCACGCAGACUACCCUCAGCCACGUCGGUAGCGUCCUGCUGCUCGGCGUGUUCGCGCUGCUGUGCGCGCAGGCCCUUCUCGCUUGGGUCAACCUCGGGCGCGUCGCGGGGGGCGAGCGCCGGGUGGUGCUGGCCGUGGUCGCGUGCCUGCCGUUCGUGCUCGUGCGGCUGGUGUACGGCAUAAUAAAGACGUUCACGCACAUAGCCUCCACGGCUUGGCUGAUGCUGGGCAUGGAGGUGGCGAUGGAGGUUGUCGUCGUGCUCGUCUGCGAGGUGGUGGGCUUCACGCUGGCGGUGGUGCCGGAGGAGUUUAAGCCGGUGCGCGACGUGGAGGCACCGCGGCGGUGCCAGCAUCAGCAGAGGUAA